UUCAAGGGUCAGCUGAUCCUCUGGAGCCAUGUUUGUCUGUUUGUCUGUUUGUUUGUUGGAAUGGAAACUGAAGAUGAGUCAUGAUGGAAACGUCAUCAGUAACAGGAUUUUCUCUGGAAGUCCAUUAGCAGAUGUACCUGAAACGUUUCCCACUAACAUCCUGCUUCACAUUCGAACACGCAUUCAUUACCCAAUAUCACCUCAGAGAGAGACCUUUACCCCACAGCAGCGACGGGAAGAGCUGCAGUAUAAAUAUAGAAGGAAGAAUGGAGUCUCUGCUGCUCACCUCCUUCGUCUGCACGAGAGGUUUGAGUUCCUGGACCAGAACCACCGAGGAGAGCUCAGGCCUGAGGAUUUCGGAGCAGUUCGGGAGUUGGCCAUGAACCCCAUCGGAGACCGAAUCAUCGGGGCCUUUUUCUCUCCAGGACAGGAAACGGUGGACUUUGCCGGCUUCGUUCGGAUUCUGGCUCAUUUCCGUCCCACAGAAACGAACCGAACCAGAGACGGAGCGCAGCCGGAGCCGGUCAACAGCCCGACCAGGAAACUCAAAUUUGCUUUCCAGCUGUACGAUCAGGACCGAGAUGGAAAGAUUUCCAGAGAAGAGCUUCUUCAGGUGCUGCGAAUGAUGCUGGAGAUGCAGGUGACGGAGGAGCAGGUGACGGAGGAGCAGCUGCAGAGCCUCGCUGAGCGAGCCAUCCAGGAGGCCGACCUGGACCGAGACGACGCCAUCUCCUUCGACGAGUUCAGAAAGUCACUGGAGAAAGUGAACAUCGAUCACAAGAUGAGUAUUCGCUUCCUGAAAUAAAGACACAAGCUGAAGACGCAGUGGACCUGGGACUGGAUAAGGGGAUGAACCUCCUACACGUACAGUACGUCCUCCAGGUGAAGCUCAAUGCAGGAUCUUAUGGAAACUGUUUUCCUCAAACUGAAAAGUGUAAAUGAUUUUGGUAACCAGCAGCAGCAGCAGCAGCAGCGUAAAAUAAGAGCGCUUUCACAAUCCAACAUAUAAUCCGUUUUAAUCUAACUCUGGUGCGCUUCAGUCCGAGACCUCUUGCGAGAGGUGGACUGUUUGCAAGCCAACUAGUGUUCAUCCCUAGCAUCGCUCCGCCAGAGAAUUAUAUAGCAAACUACAAGAGGUGAAACUCACAAUACAUGAAAGGUGUUUCCGACUAAAGCCAUGAAAACUGCCUUGUGUUUGGGAUGAUAAGAGGUCCGAGCAGACGCAAAUUAAAGGGUCAUGUCAUGUCAAAACGAGAACCAGAACUACACUGUGUGUCUUGAUCUGCCACUCGACACCAGCUCGGCACAAGUAGGUUCGUUUUGGAGCUGAGAAAUGACAAAAAGAAACAGGAACAAAUGCAAAAAAAUAAACCGCCUGCCGCUUGACGAACAUGAAUUUUGACUGCGCUUCGUGUCAGAGAGGAAGAACGUCUGUCUGCAGCCUCCACAGGACAACAGGGACAGAGACAAAGACGACAGUGAGAUUUGAGAAUUUUAUAAAUGUUAAAAUGAAUGUAAAGUUUGGAACUGUCUGUAAUGAGCUAUCUUUGUACUUUUUAGUACCACUUAUCUUAAAUAAAUAACUUUAAAGUCA